AUGGCCACCUAUAUUGUCGCAAUUUCCUUUAUCUUCGAUAUAGCAAAAGCCCAAUCCAAUAUAACAGGAGGUCUUUCUUUAACGCCUACAGGUGCCACCACCUCAUGGCUUUCGCCAUCGAGACUAUACGCCUUCGGUUUCUAUCCACAAACAGCAGGCUACGCCGUCGGUAUAUAUAUUGCCGGAAUUCCAGAAAGGCCGGUGGUUUGGACGGCCAGACGCGACAUUCUUCCACUCUCGAAUAAUGCUACUUUGACUUUCACAACUGAUGGAAGCCUCAUCGUGGAACAAGUAGCAGGCCAACCAAUUGAUAUCACCGGUAGUACUAUUGUCGGUGCUUCUCGGGCUUCCAUGCAAGACAACGGGAACUUUGUGCUCUACAGUUCCGACGGGAUAACGGUAGCGUGGCAAAGCUUCGACCACCCGACUGAUACCCUUUUGGCUGGACAGAAGCUUGUACCGGUUCAAAGGCUGUUUUCAAGUGUCUCGGAGACAGACCAAUCCAUUGGGAUCUUUAAGCUCACGAUGCAAAUCGAUGGGCAUCUCGUGCAAUUCCCCAAUGUAGGGACUGACGAUACAACCGCAAGUUCUUACUGGGAGUCCGGCACGCCUGGAACGGGACCUGACGUCACACUAAAUCUUGAUUCCGAUGGGUUUUUGUACUUGUUGCAAGAUUCAGCUGUUUUCAUCAGGAAUCUAACACAAGGAGGAGGUCCUAGAUCCGAAAAGGCAAUCUAUUGGAUGAAAAUUGAUGUGGAUGGUAUCUUUCGACUAUAUUAUCAUGAUCUAAGUAACACGAGCAAGAAUACAUCAGUCAUAUGGGCAUCUUCGACGAACAAAUGUGCAGGAAGGGGACUUUGUGGAGUAAAUGGGUAUUGUUUCGUCAUGGACGAUGUUGCCCGAUGCAAAUGUUCACCGGGGUUCGAAUUUGUCAAUCCGGAGUCAUGGAGAUUGGGUUGUCAGAGAAAUUACAGUACCAUGGAAAGCUGCAAAGAUCCAGAUGCUGUUAACUCGUUCCAAAUGACGACCUUAAAUAAUGCUAAUUGGGAAGAUGCGGCUUAUGCGAUCCCCGAAGCAUCAACCCAAGAAGAGUGUUCAUUUGUUUGCUUAAAUGACUGCAUAUGCGAGGUGGCGCUGUUCACUGGACGAGUAUGCAGGUUGCAGAAGCUCCCUUUAAGAUACAUGGAAGUAAAAGAUAUUUGGACCUACAGAAAGAUUUCUGAAAAUGUAAAUGUCCAAUUGUUCAAUGAUGUUGGGCCUCGGGCUUUUACGUAUGCUGAGUUAGAAGGAACCACAGAUGGUUUUAGAGAAGAAUUGGGAAGAGGAUCAUUCGGGAUUGUUUACAAAGGUAUCAUAGAGAGCUCGAAUAAACUGGUGGCCGUGAAGAAGUUGAAGGAAGAGUUGGCACAAGAAGGUGAAAGAGAGUUUCAAACAGAAAUGAAAGUGAUUGGGAGAACCCAUCAUCGAAACCUAGCCAAGCUGCUUGGUUAUUGCUGUGAAGGUCCCGAACGACUCUUGGUUUUCGAGUACAUGACCAAAGGUUCCCUUGCAGAUAUAUUAUUCGAAACCAAAGAAAGCAAGCCGUGUUGGGAACAAAGAAUCAGAAUGGCAGUUGACAUUGCCCGUGGAAUCCUCUACCUACACGAAGAGUGUGAAACAGUGAUCAUUCACUGUGACAUCAAGCCUCAAAAUAUCCUAAUGAACGAGUAUGGAUGCGCCAAGAUUUCUGAUUUUGGAUUGGCAAAACUACUCGAACAUGACCAAACUAAAACAUUCACCUUGAUAAGAGGAACAAAGGGUUAUGUUGCGCCUGAAUGGCACAAGAAACUACCGAUAACAGCUAAAGUGGAUGUCUAUAGUUAUGGGAUCGUUCUUUUUGAGAUCUUAUGUUGUCGAAGGAGCGUGGACAGUAGCCUUCCUGUUGAAGAAGCUAUUCUUGAAGAAUGGGUCUAUGACUGUUACGAAGCAGAUGAAGUAUCGAAGCUAGUGUAUGAAAAGGAUGUAGAUAAGAGGAAAUUGGACCGAAUGAUUAAAAUAGGGCUUUGGUGCAUUCAAGAGGACCCAUCUUUGCGCCCAUCGAUGAAGAAAGUACUGUUGAUGCUCGAAGGGACAGUCAAAAUCCCAGAACCUCCCAAUCGCGAGUUCUCGAGUGUCGUGUAG